GACAAGGGGGGGUAGAGGGGUAAGGGUAGUAAAAAGAACCCUCGAAAUCGACUUAUCCCAACCUGGCGAGCCUGGGCGCCCCCCGGAAGACGCCCCCAAAUACCCCCGGUAGCCAAUCGUAUAACACAUACUGAGACGGACACAACAUUGGGGGAAAUAUGUGAUCAUCAGAACAGGUAAAAAAAAAGAAAAGAAAAAAAAGAAUCCCUCCCAUGAAGAGAAACAAAAAAUGACCCAGAACAGAAAUGAAAUGCAUCAAAAGUGAUUGCGAACACGUGGAAUACAUGAUUAAAGCGCAGCGGAGUGGCCACAGAAAUUACAGAACAUAGAGAAUCAGAAGUAUGCUGCGAAGGGGGGAAAGGGGGGAAAGAAGCCACUAACGUCUACACUUUCCCGUGUUCCCAGUUUCUUGCCUCGGCAGGAGGCGAGCGAGGAAGAGGAGAGAGAGAGGGAAAAAAAAGUAAUAUGUCUCGGACGCACUCUGGGGAGCCUCCUCAAAUCCCCCGAAAAGAUGCUCAGCCUAAAGGAGAGAAGAUUGGCGCCCCCCAGCUCUGUAUGGGAAUGUUGAGUGACGACUGGGUUCGCGAAAAGGGCCCCCCUGGAAAGACAAAAAACAAGGAAAAAAAAGACUUCGCCUGCACGGGGAGCCGGGGUGGCUGGAUCCUGGGACUGGACGAGGAUCAUUGAAGUGGAAUGUAGACACUGCACACAAG